UACCACCACAAAGACUGAAGAACUUCCCACGCAAGCUAACUUUAAAAUGUCCGCUGGACGCCGGUGAAUACAUUACUACCAUUGAAGCCUUCAAGGAAAACCUUAUGAGGUACAACAUAGACGGGUACAACCCUUGGUUUUCUAUCGAUGAGUUAACAG